AUGGCUGCCGGACGAGUUCUCGUCUACUUCCUGAGGCGCGACCUCAGGGUCAUCGACAAUCCCAUCCUCCAACAUCUGGCGACCGCCGAACAUGGCUUCACACAUCUCCUCCCCGUGUACGUGUUCCCUGCUCACCAGGUCGAAGUUUCGGGUUUCUUGAAAGACGGAGAGAAAUCGCCUUACCCCCCUGCGAAGAGCCUUGUAGCGGGCCACUGGCGUUGUGGCCCACACAGAGCCAAAUUUCUCGCACAGUCCGUCUGGGACGUCAAGGAAAGCCUGGAGAAACUCGGCAGUGGCCUGGUCAUUCGCGUCGGCGACGCAAAGGAUGUACUCAGCCACCUCAUCGAUGGCCUUAGGGACAAAGCAACCACCGUCGGCGCCGUCUGGAUGACGAAGGAGUUGUCUUCGGAGGAGAAGAUCGAACAGGAUGCCGUUGAAUCUGUAUGCUCCGCCAACGGCAUCGACUUCAAGUUGUGGCUCGACGAGAAGUAUUUCGUGGAUGACCGUGACACGGGCCUUGAAUCGCCCAAGGACCUUCCCGACGUCUUCACCUCCUAUCGGAAAUCUCAAGAGCCCCUGCGAGAGCGCCCGCGGGAUGUCCUUCCACGCCUCGAGAAGUCUUCGCUGCCCCUGUUCCCCGGCUCAACAUCGAUCCCGGCUCAACAUCAUCCAUUCAGCGUACCGGCUACGCUUGAGGAGAUAGAGGCUUGCCUGCUUCAACCGCUCGGAGAUCUCCUUCGCAACGCGCCAUCCUACCCCGAUGGCGCAGAGUCUGCUCACCCUUUCCGAGGUGGCGAGAGCCACGCCCAAAGGCGCCUCGCUCACCUCAUCAAAUCCGGCUCAAUGUCAUCAUACAAAGAGACCAGGAACGGCCUCCUUGGACUCGAUUUCAUCCGGUUCGAGCUCUUGUGGCGCGACUAUAUGCGGCUUUGCAUGGCCAAGUUUGGUCAACGAUUAUUCCGUCAGUCCGGUUUCACACAAGGCGACAAAUACGACAAGAUAUGGAAGACUGCGAACAAACGCGAAGCGAAGCACGAUCAAGACCCAUCACCGGACGAUAUCGCGAGGAUCCUGGAGCGGUUCUACGAAGGAACAACGGGCAUGGGGCUUAUCGACGCGUCGCAGCGAGAACUCUUCCACACUGGAUAUACGUCGAACAGAGCGAGACAGAACUCUGCCAGCUUCCUCAGCAAACACCUCGGCAUCGACUGGCGCUACGGAGCAGAGUGGUAUGAAAUGCUAUUGGUCGACUUUGACGUCUCCUCCAACUGGGCAAACUGGCAGUACAUGGCGGGCGUGGGCAACGACCCUCGCGGAGAUGCGCGAAUUUUCAACCCUGUCAAGCAGGCAUUCGACUACGACAAGGACGGUACGUACGUUCGGACGUGGGUGCCGGAGCUCAAGGACCUCGAAAAGCCCGAGAAUGUCUUCCAGGCUUGGACGGCAAGCAGCUCCGAACUGGAGCAACACGGAAACCCAAGGGAUCGCGGCGGUCCUUCCCGAGGAGGCGUGGUCCUGGAAGAGGUGGCCGUCGGGGUGGGAAUGGCCAAGGACCAGUCGGCUCAGGGCCACCUCCAGAGAAUGGCAUGGACGGCUCAGUGA